GUAAUGUUUCACAACGAACCGGCGUGCCGUACGGUGACUUUCACGGGUUGACUGACAUCCAGUGGGGGUUGUGUAAACGGAGCUAAACCCGUCCUGUCUACCACCAAAAUGCGACUUCUAAAAGCAGGACUAACCUUAGGUCAGACACAUUUAAGGAAACCGGGAACACUAACAUUAAAAAAGGUGUUGAUGAACAGUUGUCGGUCAUGCUCCUCUGGUAUCGUCCCCAAUGAAAGAAUCCGCAACAUCGGAAUCUCGGCGCACAUCGACUCGGGGAAGACCACACUCACGGAGCGCGUCCUCUUCUACACGGGCAGGAUAGCAGAGAUCCAUGAGGUAAAGGGAAAGGAUGGAGUCGGGGCCACCAUGGACUCGAUGGAGCUGGAGAGGCAGAGAGGCAUCACCAUCCAGUCAGCUGCCACAUACACCGUCUAUAAGGAUUACAACAUCAACAUCAUCGACACCCCAGGCCAUGUGGACUUCACCAUCGAGGUGGAGCGAGCCCUGCGUGUUUUGGACGGGGCGAUCCUGGUCCUAUGUGCAGUUGGAGGGGUCCAGUGCCAGACCCUGACCGUGAACAGACAGAUGAAACGCUACAACGUUCCCUUCCUCACCUUCAUCAACAAGCUGGACCGCAUGGGAGCCAACCCCAGCCGCGCCCUGCAGGCCAUGAGGACCAAGCUGAGCCACAACGCAGCCUUUGUGAACAUCCCCAUCGGUCUGGAGGGGAACAUGAAGGGCAUCAUAGAUCUCAUAGAGGAGCGCAGCAUGUACUUCGAGGGCCCAUUCGGACAGAAUAUUCGGUUAGAUGAGAUCCCGGCGGAGUUCCGUGUGGAAGCUGCAGACAGGAGACAGGAGCUGGUGGAGUGUGUGGCUAACGCUGACGAGACCCUGGGCGAGAUGUUCCUGGAGGAGAGGAUCCCCACCGUGCCAGAACUCAAGACAGCCAUACGCAAGGCCACAGUGCAGCGGCUCUUCAGCCCCGUGCUGGUGGGAACUGCCCUGAAGAACAAGGGGGUCCAGCCUCUAUUGAACGCAGUGCUGGAUUAUCUGCCCAACCCCACAGAGGUCAACAACUACGCCCUCUUCAACGAUGAGGAGUCCAGUGACAGUACUAAGAUCUUGAUGGAUCCCACCAGAGACGCCUCGCAGCCCUUCGUUGGCCUGGCCUUCAAACUGGAGGCGGGUCGGUUUGGUCAGCUGACGUACGUGCGUGUGUACCAGGGCUGUCUGAAGAAGACAGAGUAUAUCAUCAAUACACGCACUGGCAAGAAGGUCCGUGUGCAGAGGCUAGUGCGUCUCCAUGCUGACCAGAUGGAGGAUGUGGAGGAGGUGUAUGCAGGGGACAUCUGUGCCCUUUUUGGGAUCGAUUGUGCCAGCGGAGACACCUUCACCUCCCGGACCAGCGCCAACCUCUCCAUGGAGUCCAUCCACAUUCCAGAGGCUGUCAUCUCCAUGUCUAUGAAGCCGUCCAACAAGAAUGACAUGGAUAAGUUCUCUAAAGGUAUCAACCGCUUCACCAGAGAAGACCCCACGUUCAGGGUCCACUUUGACACAGAAAGCAAGGAGACUAUCAUCUCUGGUAUGGGAGAGCUGCACCUGGAGAUCUACUCACAGAGGAUGGAGAGGGAGUAUAACUGCCCCUGUGCGAUGGGAAAACCAAAGGUAUCCUUCAGGGAGAGCGUGACCAGUGCGGUACAGUUUGACUUCACCCAUAAGAAGCAGUCUGGUGGUUCUGGGCAGUACGGUAAAGUGAUAGGAGUUCUGGAACCUCUGGACCAAGAGAACUACACAAAAGUGGAGUUUGAAGACCAGACUGUCGGAACUAACAUCCCCAAACAGUUUGUGCCGGCUGUUGAGAAGGGAUUCAGAGAGGCCUGUGAGAAAGGCCCUCUGACUGGUCACAAGAUCUCAGGUAUCAAGUUCCUAUUGGAAGACGGAGCGCAUCACAUGGUGGACUCAAAUGAGAUCUCCUUCAUCCGUGCAGGGGAGGGUGCUCUUAAACAAGCCAUGGAGAAGGCCAACGUUGCCGUGCUGGAGCCAAUCAUGUCAGUAGAAAUUGUGGCGCCCGAUGAGUUCCAAGGGACUGUCAUCGCCGGGGUCAACCGUCGCCAUGGCGUCAUCAGUGGGCAGGAUGGGGCGGAGGGCUACUUUACUUUGUAUGCUGAUAUUCCACUGAAUGACAUGUUUGGUUACGCCACAGAGCUCCGGUCCUGUACAGAGGGGAAAGGAGAGUACACCAUGGAGUACAGCAGAUACCAGCCCUGUCUGCCUGGCACUCAGGAGGAGCUCAUCAACAAAUACCUGGAGUCAACAGGACAGCUGCCUGCCAAGAAGGGGAAGUGGAAGAACUGAGCGUGGACCACACACACACACACACACACACACACACAAUCACUGAAUUGUAAACACAUUGCAGUACUGCAAUGGAAUGCUCGACAAACACAAACCGCACUCAACCUGCUGUAAACAUACUGGGCCCUGCCUUACCAAGGUGGGUGUAUUAUGUCGUAUGUGCAUUCAAAAUGCUACAAAUGGUCAGACAGAUGACUAAGUGAUUUCCUUGAUUCACCCUCGUUUUCCGUCAUACUCUUGUCCUAAAGUAUCUAUUUUCAUUUGGCCUCGGCUCUCCAGCAAACAGUCUUGUCCCCACAGCCUAGCAGUUAUUAUGAAGACUUGAGGCGAGCUCAAAGUUUGGACUUCAACUUGGGCAUGUAUAUGAACUGGUUUUGUACUAUGUACAGCAUGGUGUUGUUAUAAUGAAGAUGAUUAAAUAAGAUUUAUCUAA